AUCAAUUUCUGCGUUAUUAAAUUUUGCAGCGGGAAGGCGGAUCGCGUUUAGAGGGAAAAUUCAGUAGAGCAGGAAAAAAAAUUCAAAUCCGCUAAACUCAACUCCGAGCGUCAUUCCAACUUUUUUUUAGCCCUCCGUGCCCUGGUAGAGCCACCCACCGACAGAAGCUCAAGCUCCAUAUCCUAGCGCACGGCCUCGAAUUGCUUCCUGCAUCUGCAUCACCAUCCUCAGAACACUGCUUCAGGAAGAUCGUGAUAUCAUUGCUGCUUGUAGCAUCUCCUUUCUGAUAUUGCUAUUCCAUCACUCGGCGGUCCUCCUGAUCCCCGGUUCCGGAGCGUGAAGCGAUGGCUUCAACCCAGUCCAUGAGAGCCCUCGCCCGGGCCGGCCCAUUGGGUCCCAACGGCGUUGUCGCAUCACGAGCAUUCUCUACCGCUACGAGGGCAAUGAUGAUGCGAUCAGCUGCCAGGCCGUCCGUGGCCAUGAAGCUCACCAACUCGGGCCGCAUUGCCUUCCGCAGAGCCUACGCCGACGAGGCUCCCAAGCCCAAGCCCGGCAAGCUGCGCCGGACCUUCAGAUGGGCCUGGAGAUUGACUUACCUGUCUGCCCUUGGACUGGUGGGCUACACUGCCUACGACAUCUACGUCGACCGCCACCCCGACGAGCAGUUCAAGCCCGAUCCCACCAAGAAGACACUGGUGAUUCUGGGAACUGGCUGGGGAUCUGUUGCUCUCCUCAAGAAGCUCGAUACCGAAAACUACAACGUCGUCGUUGUUUCUCCCCGCAACUACUUCCUCUUCACCCCUCUUCUGCCGUCAUGCACCACCGGCACCAUCGAGCACCGCUCCAUCAUGGAGCCGGUCCGCGCCAUUCUCCGUGGCAAGAAGGCUGCCGCCAAGUUCUUUGAAGCCGAGGCCACCUCCAUUGACCCCGAGCGCAAGGUCGUGCGCAUCGCGGACAACUCUGAGAUCAAGGGCGCUACUUCCGAGACUGAGAUCCCCUACGACAUGCUCGUUGUGGGAGUUGGCGCAGAAAACGCUACCUUUGGCAUUCCUGGUGUCCGGGAGAACAGCUGCUUCCUGAAGGAGAUUGGCGAUGCCCAGCAGAUCCGAAAGAAGAUCAUGGACUGCGUUGAGACGGCCGCCUUCAAGGACCAGACCCCCGAGGAAGUUGACCGUCUGAUGCACAUGGUCGUUGUUGGUGGUGGCCCCACUGGUGUUGAAUUCGCUGGCGAGCUUCAGGACUUCUUUGAGGAGGACAUCAAGAAGCUGGUCCCUGAUAUCAGCCCCCGCUUCAAAGUCACCCUCAUCGAGGCCCUGCCCAACGUUCUUCCCAUGUUCUCCAAGACUCUGAUCGACUAUACCGAGAACACCCUCCGUGAGGAAAAGAUUGACAUCAAGACCAAGACAAUGGUCAAGCGUGUCACUGACAAGACUGUUGAGGCCGAGGUUUCCCGCCCUGACGGAACCAAGGAGCGCGUUGAGAUCCCUUACGGUCUGCUUGUCUGGGCCACCGGAAACGCCGUCCGCCCCAUCAUCAAGGACCUAGCCGGCAAAAUCCCUGCUCAGAAGGACUCGCGCCGUGGUCUCGCCGUGAACGAGUACCUCGUUGUACAGGGCACCCGCGAUAUCUGGGCCAUUGGUGACUGCGCUGUGGCUGGCUACGCCCCUACCGCACAGGUUGCCUCACAGGAGGGCUACUUCCUUGGCAAGCUGUUCAACAACAUGGCCAAGACAGAGAACCACGAGGCUCGCAUCCAAGAGCUGAGCGGCCAGCUGAAUAUCGCUGGCGGUAACUCUGCCGAGGCUUCCCAGGAGAUUGAGCUCCUGGAGAGACAGCUCAAGAAAAUUCGCGACAUCAAGCCUUUCAAGUACAGUCACCAGGGAAGCUUGGCCUACAUUGGCAGCGACAAGGCCGUCGCCGACGUCAGCUGGUGGAAUGGCAACCUUGCCACCGGUGGUAGCGUGACCUACCUCUUCUGGAGAAGUGUCUACCUCUCCAUGUGCUUCAGCCCACGAAACCGUGUCCUAGUCCUUCUAGAUUGGCUCAAGUCCAAGGCUUUCGGUCGUGACGUCUCCCGAGAGUAAAUUCUAGAAUGAAGAGAUAAAAGACGAAAGAGAUAGAAAAAGAGAAAGAAAAGAGAAAGAGAGAAGGGAAGAAAAAAAUAGGCGCAGGAAGAGCGGCUGGUUAACCGCGAUUUACAAAACCAAAACACCAUUCCAUCAUGGGACACAUGCAUCUCGCAAUAUGCAUAAUUUUGCUCGCGGGCGUCUGUUCUGUGUGUUAAGCGGAAAACUUGUUCUUUUUUUUUUUUUUCCUUUUUUUGUUCAUGGCAUAGAUUGGGCAUCCUUGAAUGCCCGGGCUGGAGACUAAUAAACAUUGUCGGAUUGGGUUCGAGGAGUAGGAUACCUCCCUCACUUUGUAACUAUUCUUGUUUUCAUGUGUAUUAUGGAGCUGUAAGACGAUACGGAUGGUUGCGUGUAGAGAGAUUCUAAAAUGGCGGUUGAAUGAUAUGAUGAUUAGCGUCUUCUUACAGUAGCUCUAUUUCAAUCUCUAAAGAUGAGUGAGUGAAUG